GUUUUCGCAAAAAUUUAACAGUCUUGUAAUGAGCAGUCAUUAUCCUCAGUGCGCACUUGACAUGUUUCUAUUUUUAUUUUUCCUCACUGCCUUAAAACUAUACAUUUCUCACGUAUUUUAUUUCUUUUAAUGAAUAUUAUUUUAAUAGUAUAAUCUGUAAGCAGCGAUGUGCUUAUUAAGCACUUAUAUGUGCUCAAUGUCAGAUUUGUUAAACGUUAGGGUCGUUGCUAAGCCACGCCCCUUUUACGAUGACGCAGCUGAAUUCUUCAUUCUGAUUGGUCGAAGGGCAACGACGAAAGGGUGUUUGUUCUGUGGUGCGUUCAAUAACAUAAGCGUUUACGAAGCCGUACUUUUUUUUCUCCCUAAAGAUUCUCACUAAUUCAAAAAUGCGAAUUAAUAAUUUUCUGUACACGUAGCUUAUGCAACAUGUUUGAGGUGUGUUUUAACACAGUGGUGUAACAUAUGAUAAUACAAAAAAAUAAGCAAAGAAGUAAACAAUACAAUUACUAAGCACUGAAACCAUAAAAAAGAGACUACAAUCUAUUUCCCCAUUUGUUGCAAAAUCGCUUGCAUAAACAGUCGGUCCACAAGGGCGUUUGGCAAACGGAGCAUUCUCUAGCGCGUGCGUUAUUGAAUGUAGCGCUUCGUCGCAGCUUUUUAUCGUCACUUCCGCAACGACGUCCUUGCGUCACUAAGUCGUAGUCUUGUACGUGCCUAUCCGUUAAUGCGACUGUAUUCAGACUUGUUCCGUCGUGUUGAAGAUGAUACGUUAUUGCUUCGAGGUCCGGCUUAGGUCCGUUCCCACUGAGACGUUCCUAAAAAGGCAAAUAGUGACCAGGGAUUGAGAAGAGAGUAUAGUGUUGUUGUGAGAAAUGUCUGCAAAUUGGACUGACGCUGAAAUCAGGCAGCUGCUGUCCCUUCGAGCCGAGGACAAAAUCCUGAAUAAGAUCAAGGGGACGGUAAGGGACGGGGUUGUGUACCAAAAUAUGGCCGCUACCUUGCAGAAGCGAGGUGUGCACUGGCGCAAACCACAAAUCAUUAGCAAACUGAAAAGUCUGCGGAAAACCUACCUCACUAUAAAGGAGCGGUAUGGAAAUAGAGGGACGCUGCACUGGCCGUAUUUCGACUUGUGUGAGUCGAUUUGGGGGAGCGGAUGCCCGAGCAAAACAGAGUCAGAGGACGGAAAGGACUUGUCUAAUGUGGAUCCUGAGGACGGGAUCACUUCGGAAGAAGAAACGAUGGACGUUGUGGUAAAGGAGGAACAAGAAGAAAGUCGCCUAGAAUUCCCUUCUACUCCGCCGCCAAAAAAACGGCCAAGGGGGAAGGUCCGGCAUCUGCAGCCUUCCGAGGCCUUGCGCAGGCUCUUGACCAAUAUGGAAAGAGACUAUAAUGAAAGAGAGUCUGUCCGCAUUAAAGAGCAGAGAGAGUACGAGGACAUGCUUCGCAAAGAAGCGAGGGAGUACGAGACGCAGGAACGGUCCAUGCAGAUGGCGAUGUGGAAGGACAUGCAGGAAACUCAGAACAAAUUCUUUAAAGGCGUUUUGUGCCACAUGGCUCUUUUUACUCAGCCACCUCCACCACCAACACCACCACCACCACAGCAGGAACUCUACACAGCGCUGGGAGAGCUCGGAAAAGGUGCAGGAAAGGGAGGAGGAGGCGGCGGCUCAGUCAGGGAGGCAGGAGGCGCGUUCGGAAAGAAGCAGGCCGCUGAGGAAGAGAUGUACUUCAGGAAAAAGGAGAAGGAACAGAUAGCUGCUCUGAAAAAACAUCAUCAGGAAGAAAUCAGCCAUCACCAAAAGGAGAUUGAUCGUCUUAAAGACGAGAUCAGCCGCCAUGAGGGCAAAAUUCAGCAAUUAAAAAAGCAUGACUGAGUCUUGUGCAAAUAUGGUCACGAAAACACUUUGCUGGAGCCUAACUGUUUAAGUUUGGUGGAUUUUUGUAAAUUUAUUCAGUUGUGUACGGUUGUUAAAAUAGAAUAAAACAGGUUAACUGAUCAGCCAAGGUAUAUCAUUUUAUACUAUAAAAUGAUAUUAUUGUAUUGUUCAGAACAAUAAAGGUUUAUCUGUGUUAAA